AUGCGAUCUCAGUUCACUGUGUUCAUGACAGACACUGACCGUUCAGCCACUGGAGCUCGCCAGCCGGAAGAAGAAGUCACUAUUGUGAGAGAAGAGGAGAGCGUGCAGAGACUGAAAGCUGCGGAAACCUGCAAGUCUCGAGGUCUGGUGCUGAUGACAGCGAACACACCUGCAGAAUGGGAGGCAACUCGAGAUUUUCUGCUGCGGUAUUUUCCUGACUCCGAGUUUGUGCUUUAUGGGGCACGGCAGCUUUCCUAUUCACUGUCAUACAUGUACAGACAGGUGUUGAUAGGAGUGGAUGGAAUAGCAAAUUAUCUGCAUACAGUGGAAUAUUUGUUACAAUACAGCGACUGCCUGGGAAUCCGUAUUCGCCCAGGCGACUCAGACCGCUACUAUGGCCAUAUGAUCGCAAACUGCCGUGACAACUUCUGGUCGUGGUUCGCCUGCAAGUUUCCCGUUAGUCCCGAUGACACUUUACCACAGAUGCCGGUGUUGCUCACAGCCAACUGGUCAGUGGACGUCUUGCAGUGUCCGUCACUCCACUACACACACACUUUCCUCGCUUGUGAUGUCAAGAGUGAGUGCUGGGCAGACAAGUACGACAACUCUAAGACAUGUAGUACUACUCUGACGUCACGUCCUCCUUCGUUCUCGUGUAUCAACGAGAUUCAACGUGUGCCUUACUCCCUUGUGUGCGAUCAUCGUUCUCACUGCUCCGAUGACAGUGACGAGAAGUUCUGCAUCUUCCCUUCAUGUCCUCGCAAAAAGAAAGUUUUUGAGUGUGACAACAAACAGGUAAACAGGACGAGACGGCGUGUGACACCUACACCUGUCCCGACUACUACCGCUGCCGCUCGUCCCACGUCUGCCUCCAUCCUCAUCACGUGUGUGACGGUUGGCCACAGUGUCCUGAGGGAGACGACGAGCUGCUGUGUGACCUUUCUUGUCCUGACACGUGUGUGUGUCACGGACUGGCCUUCAAUUGCAUUAACAGGUUUGCAGCUUCCAGUUACUUAGAACUGCGGU